UUUUUUUUUUUUUUUUUUUUUCGUCAGAAGCAAAAAGAUAGUUAACAGGUAAGAUGUCUUCACAUAAAUCUUACAGGGUCCGAAAAUUAAUUUAUCCAAUAACAAAAAAUAUACAUGCAUUUAUAUUGUUUUGAAUUUUUUGUUUUUAUUUAAAGAAAAAAUGACUUUCAUACCAGCUAAAUUCAUUACGCUAUUACAAAGGCAGCAUGUCCGAACAUUUAACACAAGUAAAGCAUGCACUGACCAUAUAAUUAAGACCUCGAAACAAAGAAAAGCUUAUUUUGAACAAGUAAAUUCUUGGAAAGCUAAUUUAUUUAAAACUGUCGAUGAUCAUCCAAAAGAAUUAAAUAAACAAAAGAAAAAAAAAGUUGCUUUAUUAUUGGGAUUUAAUGGUUCAGGAUACCAAGGAAUGCAAUCAAAUCCAGGGGUUAAAUCGAUUGAAAGUGUUUUAUUCGAUGCAUUAUGUAAAGCCGGUUGCAUUUCUUCUUUAAAUGCAGUUGAUCCUAAAAAAGUGCAACUCAUGAGAGCAGCACGUACAGAUAAAGGAGUUCAUGCUUCUUGUAAUGUUGUCUCUUUGAAAAUGAUUUGUGAGGAUCCUCAAAUUGUUGAGAAAAUCAAUACUUAUUUACCGUCUGAUAUACGAGUUUGGGGCUAUGUGGAAACGCAACGUAGCUUCCACGCUAAAAAUAGAUGUGAUUCACGUAUUUAUGAAUACCUUUUUCCAUCUUAUGCGUUGACACGAUUACAAGAUGUAAACAAGAAUAACUGGGCUAAUGAACCACAAACAGUUAGAGACAUUAAAAUAAUCAACGAUCAUGGAAUACAUUAUAUAUCACCUACAGAUCCUCAAAAGUUACUAGAUUAUCGAGUCGAUGAUGAAAGUUUUGAAAAGUUUAAAGAAGCUAUGAGUAUGUUUAAAGGAACACAUAAUUUUCAUAAUUACACGAUAGCAAGAAGUUUUAAUGAUCGAGCAUCCCAUCGACAUUUGAUUAAAAUAAAUGUAGAAGAACCAAUGAUGAUAGAAGGUAUGGAAUGGAUUAGUGUAAAGCUUCAUGGUCAAUCAUUUAUGCUUCAUCAAAUUAGAAAAAUGAUAUCUAUGGGCAUUUUAUGCGUUCGUACAAAGUCACCUUUAUCAAUCAUUAGCAAGACAUUUGAAUCUGACAAGAUCAAUAUACCAAAGGCACCUUCAUUAGGUCUCUUGUUAGAUAGACCCGUAUUUCAAUGUUACAAUGAUAGAAUAAAAAAUGUAGAAAAUAGAAAAAGUAUUGAUUUUAACUUGUACAAGGAUGAGAUUGAACAAUUUAAAAGAGACAGUAUUUACACUGAUAUAUUUAAACAAGAGCUCGAACAGAAUGUAUUUGAUGCAUUUUUGAUAAAUGUUGAUUCACAUACAGAAACAAAUUAUGCCUAUUUUAACAAGGAAGGAAUUAUUCCGCAACAUUGCAUCUUAACAACAAAAUAUUCCGUAAAAAAUCAUGAUUCAAAUUCGUACGAAUAGAAAAAAAAAAAAAAAAAAAAAAAAAAAAAAAAAAAAAAAAAAAAAAAAAA